GAAGUUUGUCUCUUUUAGAAUAUUUUGGUCGAGUAGACCCAUGAGUUUUAUGAUUUUUUAGCCUUGAAAGCGCUUUUGGUUUCCAUUUUCCAGGCCUGAAGUAAAUUACCAGAACCAGUUAUCAAGAUGCAGACAGCGAACAACUGCAAAACAAGAAUACAGUGGACGUUACAGUUUGAACAAAACAAAAUUUGGUGGAAAGUAUUAUAAUGAAAGCAUUCAAGACCGUGUAAGGAUGCGAAAUCCAUCAGUUCGCGGACAAAUAGAACGAUUCCCACGUUAUGAAAACUAUACCGUGUAUGAUGAAGUUUAUCGAUGCCUAUCACCGGAACCAAAUCAACCGUUGGCCGAUACUGUGGUGCAGCCGUCAGCACCUAGAGCAACUGCUUUGAUGCGCUGUGAAUUAGGUAGAUCAGCUAAUGACCGGGAUCAAUAUCACUGCAGCUUACAUCGCUUACUUCGGGUCAGCAUUACGGCCAAAUUAAAUCGAUUGUGCGAAAAGGCAGCAUUUGGAAGCGUGGGGAAAUCAUCACAGCAAGUACUUCUGAUUAAUCGCAGAAACGAACGUUUCAAAUGGAGUGAUGUGUUAUGGCUGCAGUUGCAAGUGGUAGUUGCUGGCAGAAAGAUGAAAUCACCAAGUGAUCAGAUUAAAUCAACUCGUGAACAUGAUAUGUAUCUGAUAACCGAGCGUGAAAAACAAAAAGUGGUCCUGGAAGAGAUUCGAAAUUUUCGUUUAAACGAUAGAAAUGAGAUAACGUGUUCGUCACCCAUAUCACUAUCCACAGAGAUCUCAAAUCAGAGAUCACUGAAGGAGGAACUGAAAACAGUCAAGGGUAUGUUGGAACGUUAUGAAAAUUUCGUGACAUUGUACCCUAACAUGAAUAGCAUGGAGCGGUCAACAAAUAUGGAUGAAUUGGUCAAAACUCGGAUUCAGAUUCUUUACGCUUGGUAUAAUAUUACGAUUGAUUUGUAUGCCAGGAUAAGAGAGGUCGGUUUGAUUCUGGGCAUGUAUAAAGAUCGUAGUUCCACUCCGUGCAUUUCACUUUCUCCGAAUGUUACACCAAAAGAUGGCGUUUCCGAUGAUCAUUCAAUUACAGGACUUUCAUGGCCAUCAUUAGAUAGUCCCGUGAAUACAGAUGAAUUUUUCACAUCAUCGCGGAAUUUAAACGAACCAAGUGACGCUUCAAGUUCACAAAAUAUAUUGCUUACACCUCAUCCAAAUAUGAUUGCGUCAGCAGACUUACCUACGUUGCUGGAACAACCAUGCAAUAUAUAUACCGCUUUCGUUUCACGUACUUUGCGACGUAAAGGUAUGCGGAAAGUUUUGCAACGUUUGGAUAGCGCUUGUUUUACAACCAUAAGAAAGGCUAUUGCAAUGUUAGAGAAAUCACCAAUUACUUAUGCAGAAGUCGUGGAAAGGGGAAACAAGCAGCGGUCCAUGGAUUAUCCUAUGCUUUCGCAGAAGCAGAAGCGAGACUUACCACAGAGUUUGACAAAUCAUCAAGAAUUUAUGGCGAUGAAAUUGCCAUCAUUCCAGAAUUUGUUUCUGUUUUUAGUGCGAGUACCGCUUGAUCUCGUUCACGAAUGGCUAAAAAUGCGUGGAUCUGCACAACUCCCAUCUGACUUGUUAACCCUGCAAACGGUUAUGGAGGACUGUCAUGAUUGUAUUGAGGCUGCAGUUGCUGUGAAGCACCGAUUUGUAUCAUUGGUGCAGUUGGCUGGUGUAGAUAACAAAGUGCUGCUCGGUUAUCUGGUACCGUUUGAGGAUGAAUUGGCCGAGGUUUUUAAGAGUUACCUUACAUGCAUUCGUGACUGGGUACAUGGAGAAGUCAGUACUGAAGGAAUAGGCGCCGAAUGGACUGAACGAGUUAUUCAGAACUUGACUUCACAGUGGGCAGUGGCGAGAAGUUUUGCCACAAAUGUAAUUUCUGGUGAAAGUGAAACAGUGCAUAGAUUUUGUAUGAUUGCGGGUGAUUUGAUGCGCAAGAUGGUCAAUGACUAUUUACCAGAAAAAGAAGAUCUGAUGGAUGAAUGUAGAAGUACUUUCGAGAAUGCAUCUACUGAUGGUCUUCAAGAAUAUGACAGUUUGUUACUACGACGGAAUGCAUCACAAGUAUUCAUUACGUGUAGGCAUUUUAAAUCAUUGGUCUGUCAAAUGAAAGAUCGUUCCUUGCGGUCACUUGCAUUCGCUCGGAUGCUUCUGAGGGAUAUUGAAAUAUGUGCCCUCUAUAAACUGAAGUCUGCUGACAUGCGUAGCUAUCUCUCCCAGCUAUUUAUGUCACAUCAUUCACUAGUCGUCAUUUCCAAUGAUCUAACAAAUGUAAACAGUAACUACGUGAUGUUUUGUGAUCAAAAUGCAUCGGAAAAUAUUGAUUUUCUCCGAAUACUGCUCAACAUUACAUGUUCGCGCUAUCGUGCUGAAUUACCGAAAGAUAUUAUGGAUUGCAAUGGUUAUUUGUUGAUUAUUUCACUUCGAACAUGCUUUGCUGAUUUUUCUCAAGAAAUAUGGAGCGGGACACGUUUGACGGUUGAUCUUGACGCAGAUACUGAACUUUCGUUACGUUAUUUGCAGUUGUCGAAUGAUGCAUGCUUGGUAGCAGUCAGUGCUCUCUCACUACUGAAAAUGAGAGAAUUAUUUACUCGAAAUAUGACAACGGGAUAUGAUUUUAUGUUUGAUGUGUUGGAAGAGCAAGCAUCCUGUCAUGAUAUCGUCAUUGAAAGCGCAAAACAGCUCAGAGAACUCGCAUAUAGAGCAUGCCAAAUGUUAUUUGAUGAAUUUGCUGGUAAAAUGGUCAGAGAUGUGCUGGAUGGACAAGAAUUAAGUUCUCUGGAUGUUAAUGAGUUGGAAUCCGUCCGAGCUACACUCAUACAAGCGUAUAAUCUUGCUUUUGAGUACCAUCGAGAAUUUUACCGAAUAUUACCGAAACAGGGUCGUCACUCUUUUGCCUGGCAAACGGUUUGCUGGGCAAGAGACUGGUUGCAUUUCGCGUUAAAAUUUGUUAAUCCAGGUGAUGGGACUGUUCCACUGUGGGCGAUACAGUCAUUUCAAUUUUUAAUAUUGGCAGCAUGUCCAGAACUUACCGUAGCAUUAACAGAAGAGGAAUUUCAGACUUUGGUGAAAAUCGUGGAUGCAUGCGUUGCGCACAUUGUAGGUAGCAGUAUUCCAGAUUCUGGAAUAGUAAAUGGGACUUUUUUCGAUUGUGAAGUGGACAGUGCAAGUUCUCGUGGCCAUACGAAAUCUAAGGCAUAUUCUGCGACAGAUGCCAAAGCUCGUUCUCAAAGAAUUUAUACGCUGUUACAUAAUAUCGAUGAGAAACGUAACAAACAUCUGGAGGCAGACAAUAAGAUUGGUCGAGUAACAGAAGGUGGUCGAAGGGCUCUGACAUUAUCAACAUAUUUUAAUCCGAAAAAACGAGCGCCAUUUGAAUGGCAACGACUAGAAAAAAAGAUUGGAUCUGGAAAGUUUGGUACAGUAUAUGUGGUCAUGAAUUUAACUGAAAGUUGUUUGAUGGCAAUGAAACAAAUUCGUAUUGUACGAAAUGACAGAGCAUUGUUGGCUUUGGUUGAUGAAGUAGAGAAUUUAAGUUUGUUGGACCAUCCAAAUUUGGUCAAGUAUUAUGCAGUAGAAGUUCAUCGGGAAGAACUGUUUAUUUUUAUGGAAUACUGUCCCGAAGGGACGCUUGAAGAAGUAUGUCGCGAAGGUUUAUUGGAUAUGCGAUGCGUUCGGCGAUAUACACAUUUCUUAUUAAAAGGAGUCGAAUAUAUUCACAUGAAAAUGAUCAUUCAUCGAGAUAUAAAACCUGCAAACAUAUUUCUUGGAAAGAGAAAUGUCUUAAAACUUGGUGAUUUCGGAAGUUCAGUGAGGCUAAAGGAUGGUACAACGGCUUGCGGUGAAGUAGCUGAAUGGGUAGGUACUCCGGCUUAUAUGGCACCAGAAGUACAGACACUUGGUGGACGUACGGAAUUGAAUGGUAGAGAGGAACUUGUUGGAUAUGGUAGAGCAGCUGACAUUUGGAGCGUUGGAUGUGUUGUUCUACAAAUGUGUACCGGCAAGCCUCCAUGGCAUGAAUGCGAACAAGUACUACAAGUUGUUUUUCGUGUUGGUAGUGGUAUGAGGCCAACAAUACCGCAGAGUGUGCAAGCAGACUUAACGUGUUAUUCAUUUUUGGACCAUUGUUUCCAAGUCGAGCCAAGUAAACGAGCUACAGCUGAACAGCUUCGCAAGGAUCCAUUUGCUGAUAUAAAUGUUUAUGAAAGUUGUGAUUCGAGAAACUGAAGUUGUGAUUCGAGAAACUACAGUCAUACUAUACAGAAUGUUUACGCUGUGAUUUUGAGGGGAUUUUUACGAACACUGCUUUGUAAAAUGAAUGUGCCAAUUUAUCUUUUUUAUAUCUUGCAUUCUGAAAUACUUUGUAUUACUUAUGUCAUUUUAAAAAUUCAUAAACCAUACGAGAAUUGGUCUGUGAAUAACCUGUAGAGUUGAAAAUUUAUGAAAUCGCCGCUGUUUUAUACGGUGUGGUGCGUUUACCAGUUAUUAUACGCUUCAUACUUUGUUUUUCCGUACUUGGAUCUUACAUAUAAUUCUUUGGAUAAAGCUGAUAGGCUGAGAACGAAUCCUGAUCUCCUAAUCUUGGAUGUAAAUUUGAAUAGUAUAUUCGUGUAUUCGUUGUGCUUGGAUAGGCUCGUCACUCUAAUAAAAUUUUUCAGUCGAUAAAUUUGAUAACUAGAUUUCCGG